GCAUUUUAGCAAUAUGUGUGUUUAUCUUUAGAUUGAUGUGAUAAAUUGUGUCGUGGCUGGGCGUAUUUUACCGCAAGAGUGUUAUGUUUUUACUACGUCGCGGAAGGAUCUAAUUUUCUCGAGCGAGGGUCGACACAUCCGCCCAGUUUUCCGAUGUUUCAUUCCCCCCGAGUUGAAAAUGGAGUUCGAUUAAAGCAGAUGUCCACCAACUUCUCAAGGAAAUUCAAGUGUAGAGGCUUUUACUUUGCGUGUCGGUGUUGAUAGUGGAAGCGGUUGUAGUCUUUUUUUGGCCGCUUUGGAUGCCUUUACUGCACAUUACGCGGACACGUUGACGGAGCAACGCUCCACAGCGCUUUUUCAAGUGUUGUCCUGGACCUGAAGUUGGCGAAUGGAUGCUCGACAGCCAGCCAUAAAUAACCUGCCAAACGCUACAGCCUUCAGCAAUCUCUACAUUUUUUGAGGAUCUAUUCACGUUUAUUUUUUGUGGUCAAAGCGGUGGGAUUUGUUGUUCGUCGAGCAAGGAUGAUGCCGCUGGCCCAUUUGUUAUGGUCGGAUUUUACUUCCAGGGAGGAUAAAAUGAAUCAACGAUUAUCAUUCCUCCUCGCGAUUUAACGUUAGGUUCCAAGGCAGCGAGGCUAACGUUAAGCUAGCAAGCCCCACUUUUGGGGGGCUUUCACAGGGGACGCUUAGUUUAGGGCAUGCCAGCCAUUUGUACAUCGUUUACUUACUAUCCGAAAUAGGGGUCAUUUCUACAUGUGAAGGAAAAUGGUGAUAUUUGUGGUAUUUUAUCCCGCCGUCACUGCGUCGUCGAUGCUAUUGCUAGGAUUUGGAUCCCCGUGAGGAAAAAAAUGAGUGAAGAUUCAACCAAUCCAAACAACGAUGACAGUUAUGCGCGUGUGAGAGCAGUGGUCAUGACUCGGGAUGACUCCAGCGGUGGGUGGCUUCCCCUGGGGGGCGGAGGCCUUAGCUGUGUCACCGUCUAUAAGGUCAGCCGGGUGGAGGACAGCGGCAGCACCCACAGCGGAGGCAGCGGAGGAAGCAGCAUCAACCUCAGCCCCUGUAGCUCCAGUCCUAGUCCCAGCCCCAGCCCCAGUCCCAGCCCCACCGCUGUGGAAUUUCACAUCAAGGGCGAGCGGCUCAAAGACAAAUUGGUGGUGCUGGAGUGUGUCCUGCAGAAAGACCUCGUAUACAACAAGGUCAACCCCAUCUUCCACCACUGGAGGAUCAACGACAAGAAGUUCGGACUGACUUUCCAGAGCCCUGCUGACGCCCGCGCCUUUGACCGGGGCAUACGUCGGGCCAUUGAGGACAUCAACCAAGGUUGUCGGCCGUUUGGGGAAGGGGAUACUCCUGAGGAUGGACUACCGGUGUGUGAUGAGCCUCCCUCCAUCUGUACCCCAAUGAAAGAGCCCUUCUCUCCCCUCAACAACGUCGUCUCCACCGAGCCAUUCAGGGGCUGCUACGUCCGCGCCCAGCCCUUCGACGAGUUCCCCUCCAGCAACCGCCGCUACCUGCCUCCACAGGUCUCCUUUAAGACGACUCGUCAUGUCAGCUUUCACAUGGACGAAGAGGAGAUCGUUCGCAUCAACCCACGCAAAGAUGUGCUCAUCCGCGGCUAUGAGGACUACCGCCACCCUGUCAUGUGGAAACAGGAAGCUGACCGAGAAGACCUGGACUUCCCCACCGCCUUCCACAAACUGGACAGUAAGAAGUGCGAGUACCUUUUCCCCGACGGCCCCGGUGGGGACUCCCACUCUGGCCCUGGCAUGGGCAUUGGAACAGGUAUGGGGCUGGGGCUGGGCAAGGACACAGCCAUCAAGACCCAACCCUCGCCCCUGCUCAAGUCCAAGAAGGGCCGGCGGCGGCGAGAGGACGGCGAGCGCUCGCGCUGCAUCUACUGUCGGGAGAUGUUCAACCACGAAGACAACUGGCGGGGGCAGUGCCAAGACGCCCCCGACCCCAUCAAGCAGUGCAUCUACAAAGUCAGCUGCAUGCUGUGCGCCGAGAGCAUGCUGUACCACUGCAUGUCCGACUCCGAGGGCGACUUCUCAGACCCCUGCUCAUGUGACACAUCUGACGAGCAGUUCUGCCUGCGCUGGCUGGCCCUGGUGGCGCUCUCCUUUAUCGCGCCCUGCAUGUGCUGCUACCUGCCCCUGCGCGCCUGCCACCACUGUGGCGAGGCCUGCCGCUGCUGUGGGGGCAAGCACAAGGCCGCGGGGUGACCCGACGACGGAUUCUGGGACACCCUCAAAGCUAGCUAACACAGGAAGUGGAUAAAAGCGGAAAAUUAAAAGCCGGCAUCCUUUUUUCAUUCCCCUCUCAGACGGGGUGAUAUGUUGUUGAUCCCCAGCUCUGAGGGCUUUUGGAGAUUUCAGUUUGUGUUUGUCGCCGACAAGCAGCAGUGGAGGACAAACCAUAUGCUUUGUGGGAGCUCUGAGCAUCAAGCUAAGUUCAGGAGCUUAAUCUGAGGAGAGGAGGAGGAGGCAGCGUCAAGAUUAAUAGACUUGGAGAUGUUACUAAACACACCUGUACACACACACACUCUCAAAACACACACACCUCUCUCUCACACGUUCACACUCAUGCAUUGACAAAGCCAGGCCACAAAUGUCAGAACUCUACUACAAGAAAUGUGUAACUUUAUGAAGGAAAUUUGUCUUUUGUACAGAGAGCGACAACUUAAUGACAAAAAAAGAAAACAAAACUAUUCUGCGUUCAGAAAAACUACUUGCUGUUUGAGUAUGCUAAAAGGGAUAUGUUCUUGCUUUUUUGUGAAUUUACAGUUGGGUAACAGUGGCCUUUCCUUCAUGGCUUAAGCAUUUGCUGACAAUGUAAUUACUAGACAGAGAAAAGUGCACUAGAAAUGGUAUUUUCCCCCUCUGAGUAAAGGUAACCCUCUCAAAUUCUUGUGGUACAUUAACCACCAUAUGUAGAGUAAUUUUAACAUUUGAGAGAUGUUGCUGUGGUGGAUGUAUGGCCAAUUCCUUAUUUUCCUUUCCAUCGAAUGUUGACAAAAAAAAAUCACAAGGCUUGUUUUUGAAGGUAUACAGCUUGGUAUAGCUUUUGACGUUAAUUUAGAAGAUGUUAAAAUGAUUACCUUGCUCUCCCAAGGUGAUUUAGACCAUUUGAUUGCAUUCCAAAAUAAAGGGAUCGAUUCCAUUAUUAGAAGGGAAGAAUAAUGGUAAUGACUUUACCAUGCCGAGUUCCCCCAAAAAUAGUUUUUUUCCAUGUCAUACAAAUAGCAUUAGAACCUCUUGAACCAUUUAAAUUGAAUCCAAUACAUUGAAAUUUCAUUUACUCCAGUGAAUUUCAGUUUUAGUCCAGUUAUUUACUGCUGUAGUGAAAUUGGUGUUUUUGUUUAUUUGUUAUUUUCCUGCUCAUUUUUUUUACAAUUAUUUUUGAAACAAAGGCUGAAAUGUUGCUCAACCAGCAAGUUUUGUUUCGGUGAGUAAAAGGGGUUACAGUGCUCCUUGGUUACACGAUGAGGCACUUAAAUUAGGUUAUUCUUUUAUUGAGAGUCCGUCAGAUUUUUUUUAAAUUGACUAAUUUAACAUUCAAUUUGGCUUGGAGGGUAAAACAAACCCUCCUGAAAGCACUGCUCUCCAAGCUUUGGUUGCAGCACCCUCUCCAAAUUUCCAUGUUUGUCCCAUGAAUCAGUUUUUAUUUCUUCUUUUUGUUUUAUUUCCCCUCACAUCCUGUGUACAUGUAGUAUUUCUUUGUUCCUCCAGAGUCCACUCCUCCUGUAUGUCUUCAUUUAACAGGCCGCGAGUGAAUGAAUGCAUUGUUUCAGGAAUGCUGAGUAUCUUAGCUAUUAAAAACAACAUACAGGUGUUAUGUAUGUGUUGUGUGUGUGUGUGUGUGUGUGUGCAUAGGUCUUCAUAUGCACUGUUGAUUUGGUGUCAUGUAACGUCACCACUGACUAUGUGAUUAAGGCUUUUGGCUUGUAACAGCGUCCUGUUUCCCAAAGCAUUUUUGUCUGUCGAACAAAGAGGCGAUCAAACUGUUGAAGGAGUUGUGUGACAUUUUGAGGAAUUUACUUAUUUGCUUUCUUUACGAAGGUUAGAGGAGAAGAUUGAUCUCACAAUUUUAUCUGUCUGUUGUUAAAGCUGGAGCUAGCAGAUGUUUAGCUUAGCAUAAAAACUGGAAAAAAGGGCACAAACAGCUCGCCUGGCUCUGUCCUAAGAUAAAAAAAAAAUUCCCCUACUAGCACCUGUAAAGCUCACUGAUUACUAACUUGUUCAAAAACCAGACUUUACAAUCACAAUUUGUGGUUUCAUGUGGGACUAUUUCUUGGAUGGGCUCAGAAACUAACUGGAGUUUUUGCUUGGCAGCCUGGUGGUGACAGCGGGACUCCAGGAAGUCACUGUGCCCAUCCAAGAAGUAGUCCCACACAUGACUCCCAGUAAAACCACAAAUUGUUAUUCUUACACUUUGGGUUUUGUUCAGAGGACACACACAAGAUUUAGAGUGUUUCCAACUGCGCACACAAGCGCUAACACCCGCUAACAUCUGGCUUUUGUAUUAUACCCAGGGCAAAUUAAUGUGCAGUAGUGAAGGGUAUUUACUGGAUCCAGCUUCAUUUGGCUCUGAUCUGCAGUGAUGGAAAUACAACACCUGGGUGUUCGUGCUAACUUUAGCCAGGUUGCUAGCGAUGUGCCGCCACAAAAUCCCCUCCUCUGUCAAAGCAGCGCUCGAAUAUUGUUCCAAAUAUAGUCAGCACCGAAUUUGAAAGAGAUACUUAAGUAGUAAGUACAAGAUAUAAAAAGUAACUUUAGGUUACCAGGGUAACCCCGGUUCUGUGAUAACGUCACUCGGUAUCUCACUAUGGGAUGCACCAUGAUCAUGACCAAUCUUGCUUUUUUCCAUGAUCGGUCAUGUCUGAAGGCGCUUCCCAUACUGAGAUAAAGAGCGAGGUUUCAAAGAGAACCAUCGUAACAUUUUCACUGGCCUCCAUGCACUUUUUACGGUUUACUAACCUGUUUUCCAGCCUGUCCGUGACAUCGAACAUAACAUGCCAGUAAAAAAACAGUGUUAAAAACCUGCGUACAUGCUCUAAUUUUGGUGGAAAUAGGGUAUAAGUGAGCUUUAGCAGUAGGAAGAUUUUGAUACCUUUGGACAGAGCCAGGCUAGCCGUUUCCCUGUGUUUCCAGUCCCAAUUCUAAACUAAGCUACCUAGCUGCUGGCUCUAGCUUUUUAUUCAAUGGCUAGGUACGAGAGAAGUAUCAUUUUUCUCAUCUAACUUGCAACAAGAAAGCAAAUUAGCUCCCAAAAUGUCAAACUACUCCUUUACAAUCCUUUGGGAAACAGGAAGUCUAGUUGUGUUUGAAUCCCAUUUCCCACCCAAACGAGUAAAACAGUUUAAAUCGCUCAAGAAAACCAUCGCUGACUCAAACUAGUCGGAACAACGACAAACUCCCAACAGUAGUAACAGUUCAGUUUGGACGUGUGGCUGCAAUAACUGUUGAAAUCAUCCCGAACAAAGGCAUCGGCAUGUUUGAAAUUAGCGCUACUUGUGAUUCGCCUCAGCAGAUUUGGCACAACGUCCUGCAACGUGCUGUUGCUAACACAUAUGCAUCUCCUCUCACCUCCUGCUUAGAUAUAACAUAGUGGCGCCUCGGUCUCUUGACCCAACUGGAUUACUGGUGACACGUUUAUUCUCCUAAUCCCACCCCCGACCCAACGCUCCCUUUACUUUCUAUGCAAACUUUCUAACGUGGGAAACACACUGACCUCUCUGCAGACUGAGUCAGUGACGGGACAGGACACUUUAACGCUAUCUAUAGGUAGACGACCGACCCCUGGUACCAAACUCCAAAACGAACCUGUAAAUACUUAACACUAUAUUUAAGUUCUGAUAAUAAUCCCAGCUUUGUUUUGUCUUUGAAAUUUUAAAGAUAGAGCUGUAUUUAUCGUUGCUGUCAGCAUAUACUGUAGCUUCAAUUGACAGCAUUAUGUACAUAGGUCACCUUUUAGUAUUAUUUCACAUUGAAAAGUAGAGGGCGUCUGCGAUGGAGAACGACUAUUGAGCUUCUAAUAGAGUCUCUCUCUAGUUUUGUACGGUAGAUGGAAGGAUAGUGCUAACACGGUACAGUAGUGGCAGUCCACUUGUUUCAAAAAGUUUGAUAUAUAAAUAUAUAUAUACAUACAUAUAAAAGCUGCUAGAUACAAUCACUAAUUUUAUUGUGUUGACAGAGAAAAAUCAGCUAUGAACGACUGUUAAAAACCCUAAUUCUCCAACAGCAUAUAACCAUGACAGUGAGUUUCUAAAUGUUCGAUUGCUCUGUGUGAUGAAGUGGACACUUGUGCAUGUGUGUGGGUGCGCAAGUGUUACUAUAUAUGUGCGUUCUUGUGUGCCCACGACUGUGUGUGUGUGUGUGUGUGUGUGUGUGUGUGUGUGCGUGCUGUAUGUGUGCGGGGUUGGUGUGUAACCAAAUGUUUGGUUGGUUGUCAUAUUCUCCCAUUGUAAUUGGAUUGCCCUGCAUUAUUGCAAGCUGAACCAAGGUUUGAUGAACCUGAUUAAAACUUGCUGGCUGAGAAGCAAAAAUGUAGGACGUGCAUUUAUACAAAGUGUAGAGAAUGCUGAAAUAACACUUCUCAUUCUGCAUUAACCAGCACAGUGCAACUUCCUGUCAUGUACUGUAUUAUAUAUGCAACAUGUGUCUGUCUGCUUUAAUAUAUAUAUUUUUUUGACCUGCAUUAUAUAAGACUUCAGUUUUAACCACUUUGCUGCUAGUCUUUUAUCCUCUUUCAAUCUUGGAGAAAUUGUGCAUAUCUUUGGGAAUGCAUACAAGUGUACAUUCUUGACAUUGUGUAGAUUAAAAAAAAAGAAAGAAAAGCUAUAUAAACCUGUUUCUCUUCAGUGUAUUGUUUUAAAAACGGUUACUUUUCACAGCAGUUGAGUGGUUAUGUUUCGAUUCUCCGAUGCUUUGGUGCACUGAUGAUACUAUAUGUAAGCUUUUUUUCAUCUUACAGCGCUUGAUGUAACAUUUAUGUGAUUAGUUCUAAAUAGUGGAAGACAUUUGUGUUUUGAAACUUGCAGUAUAAAUGGUACUACUCUUAACUAUUCUGUAAACACUGCCUGUUUUCUUUCUUUCUUUUUCUUUCUUUCACUCUUCUUCUCUGUGCAUAUUUCUUUCCUGUGCAUCUAUUGUUUUCUCGAAGUUUCUUAGUGCCAUCGGCUUUCACAUCCUGACAACCUCAAAAAAGUGCCUCACGUCCAUCCUAGUUUCCAUUUUUAUAAUUUAACAUCUCUCGUUCUGGUUCUAUUGGUUUCUACACGUUUAGGUAUUUCCUCUCAUGGUUCGAGAAUACCAAGUAUAUGAUGUAAAAUUUAUAGUCCCAAUAACUCAUGUCAUAGUUGUAUUUUCUUUAUACAGAUGUAGCUCGUUACUUUUCAUAAAUAUAUAAUGUAAAUAUGCAUACAUAUGUUUGUAACUGUUUUUAUGUUACAUCAUACACUUGUAAUUUGACAUAUCAAAUAACAUUAUCAUAAUAAAAUGGUGAGUUUUAAUCUU